CGUAAAGUGCCGUAGAACACGACGGUGUGUCACGUGAUCAGCCUUCCCGCGGUAAUCACUAACGGUGUCGAGCUCGGUCAUAGUGAAAAGGCUUGCAAGGGCUAGAGUCUUUCUCAUUCGCUCAGGAGCUCCUCGAAAACAGCCGUCAAUUCAUCACCCGUGGAAAGAUGUCGGACGAAGGGAAAUUGUUCGUUGGAGGCUUGAACUUCACCACGACUGAAGACACAUUGGCGAUGGCCUUUGGAAAAUAUGGAACCAUCGAAAAAGUCGAUGUGAUCAAAGACAAGGAGACGGGAAGGUCCCGCGGUUUCGGCUUCGUCAAAUACGAAAACAUGGAGGAUGCUAAAGAUGCUCUGGAGGCCAUGAACGGAAAGACUCUGGACGGCCGGUCUAUUCGCGUGGAUGAAGCAGGGAAGGGUGGUCGCUCCAGAGGAGGAUUCAGCUCAGGCGGCCCACGUGGAGGCGGCGGAGGCCGAUUCGGGAGCUCCAGAGGCAGAGGUGGUGGAGGCUACAAUGGAGACAGAGGUUAUGGUGGUGGAGACAGGGGAUAUGACAGGGGCUUCGGAGGUGGAGACAGAAGCUUUAGCGGUGGUAGCGGCGGCGGCUACAGGAGCGGCGGCGGCGGCUACUCGGGCGGCAGCUACAGGGACAAUAGGGGACAAGGCGGCUACGGCGGUGACCGUUCCAGCUCCUACCGCGAUGGAUACGACAGCUAUGCUGCAAACGACUAAACAGCUCCCCGAUUCAAGAUCAUCACUUGGCUGGCUGUAUUUCAAAGAUGCGCUCCUCAAGAAAAUCCGUCCAUGUUGUUUAUGGCUGACCUUAGUUUUGUAGUUCUGUUGUAGUAGCCCGAGCAUCUUGAUUAAGAAUGUAGCCAUGAGUUAUGGUCAUUUGGUCACUCCCCCUUUUUUUUUUUCUUCCCACUUUUUUUUCCCCCCAGUAUUAAAAGCAAAUAUUUCAAUUAACGCUCUUCACAAAUACCUCUUGUAAGACAACUAGGUCAAUUCCGUGAAGCCCCAUUUUUGGGGGGGUCUUACUCCACCAGUCAAUAGCAUUUCUUUGCGAAUGAGCCAACACUCAAGAGUUGCUUGUAUUUCAGUGUUUUUUGUUUUUAUACACCUGUUGAAGGAGCUUUUUUUCCACCCCCUGAGGUUCACACUGGCUAGGGUUUUAACUCUGAGGAAAGAUUUUUUGUUUUUAAGGCCAAAUACCUUUUUUUUUUUUUUUUUUUAUUUGUCCCUUAACUUAGGUUAGUUUGCGCCUCCUGUGUGUUCAAUUUCCCAAAAGCGUGAAUUCCUUUCAGAAUGGUGAACUACAAAUCCGAAGUGGCCGGCUGUUCAUGAAGUUGCAAAUUGCAGCAUGCUACAGUCUGUCCCAAGGUAUCUUCUGUGCUCUGCUCAACAUCUGCAUUCAUUUUCUUUUUUUGAAAAACGACAAAAAACCAAACCAAACAUGUGCUGUAAAAUUGGACUCAUCUUGUCAAGUGAAUCGAAACUGUAACUUCCGUUUCCUUUUAAAAGUAAAAAAAAAAAAAAAAAAAAUCACGAUCGGGAACAGAUUUGUACUUUAUGUUCUUUGUAUGGCUAUUUUUAUUUUUUUUUUGUCAGUUCGGCUUCAUGGAGCCCAUUAAACAGAUUGUGGAAAA